AGCAGCAUGAUGAAGUGGGUGCUCUUGUGUGCGGCCCUGGCCGUGGCCUCGGCCUCCGUGGUCAAGGAUGACGUCAUGAACGUGCUCAUCGGCAAGGAGACCCUUGUGACGACAGACAUUAAGACCAAGGAGCUGUGCAUCAUGAAGCUAUUGAACCACAUCCUGCAGCCGACCAUGUACGAUGAUGUGCGCGAGGUGGCUCGCGAGUGGGUCAUCGAGGAGAACCACGAGAUGUACCUGAAGGUGGAGGUGGUCAAGGACUUCAUCCACAUGUACAAGAUGGGCAUGCUCCCGCGCGGCGAGGUUUUCGUCCACACCAACGACCGUCACCUGAUGGAGGCCAUCCGCGUCUUCAAGCUCCUCUACUACGCAAAGGACUUCGACGUGUUCAUCCGCACCGCGUGCUGGCUGCGCGAGCGCAUCAACCCUGGCAUGUUCGUCUACGCGCUCACAUGCUGCUGCUUCCACCGUGCCGACUGCCGCGGCAUCGUCCUCCCCGCCCCUUACGAGAUCUACCCGUACUUCUUCGUCGACAGUGACAUCAUAAACAAGGCUUUCAUCAUGAAGAUGACCAAAGCCAUGCACGAUCCCGUUCUGAUGGACUACUACGGUAUCAAGGUCACCGACAAGAACCUCGUCGUCAUUGACUGGCGCAAGGGAGUCCGUCAAGGUUUGACUCAUGAGGACAAACUCUGCUACUUCAGAGAGGAUAUCGACUUGAACACCUUCAUGUACUACUUGCACAUGAACUUCCCCUUCUGGAUGACCAAUGAGGUAUACGGCGUGCACAAGGAGCGUCGCGGUGAGGUUGUCAUGUAUGUGUAUCAACAACUGUUGGCUCGUCUGCGGUUGGAGCGCCUGGCCCGCGGCAUGUGCGAUAUCAAGAUGCUGGAGAUGCACGAGACCCUCAAGGAAGGCUACUGGCCCAAGCUGCGCCUGCACAAUGGCUGGGAGAUGCCCGUCCGUAGCAACCGCGUCAAGAUCCUCACCAAGCACAACGUCAAGGUGAAACUGCUGAUUGAAGAUCUCGAGAGGUUCAUCCGCGAGGGCAUCAUCAAGGGCAAGAUUGAGCUACGUGACGGUACAGUCAUCACCCUGAAGAAGACUGAGGACAUCGAACUGUUAGCUAGACUGAUCCUUGGCGGCAUUGGUUUCACCCACGACGACGCCAAGCUCUUGAACCUGGUUACCAUGUUCAAGAAGCUGCUGAGAUACAGCAUGUACAACGAGGACAAGUACACGUACAUCCCCACCGCCUUAGACAUGUACACGACCUGCUUGCGUGACCCCGUUUUCUGGAGGAUUCUCAAGCGCAUCCAAGACUGCUUCGUCCUCUUCAAGAAGAUGCUGCCCGUGUACACCCGUGACGAGUUCGACUUCCCAGGCAUCAAGGUCGAGGGCAUCACCACCGACAAACUGGUUACUUUUAUGGACGAGUACGAUGUCGACAUCACCAACGCCAUGUGGCUGGAUGACGCAGAGCUCAAAAAGAAGCAUUCCGACAUGGUCUUCAUCGGCCGCAAGCGCCGCCUCAACAAUCACCCCUUCAAAGUCACCAUCGACGUGGUCUCCGACAAGGCUGUCGACGCUGUUGUCCGCAUCUUCCUCGGUCCCAAGUUCGACUGCAUGGGUCGCCUCAUCGGCAUCAACGACAAGCGCAUGGACAUGUUCGAGAUCGACAGCUUCCUGUACAAACUCGACACCGGUAAGAACACGAUCGUCCGCAAUUCAAUGGAGAUGCACAACGUGAUCGGAGACAGGCCGAUGACCCGCAUGAUCUGGGAUAAGGUUAUGGACACGACCGGUGUGGUCAGCGGCCGCAUGGUCGACCACUGGUGGUUCAAGUCCCGCGUAGGCUUCCCGCACCGCCUGCUGCUGCCUCUCGGUAUGCUCGGAGGCAUGCAUAUGCAGCUGUUCGUCAUCGUGACUCCAGUCCGCAAGGGACUAGUACUCCCGAUGAUCGACAUCGACAUGAUGAAGGACCGCCGCGUGUGUUACUUCACGACUUGUAUCGACACGAUGCCGCUCGGCUUCCCGUUCGACAGGCACAUCGACGUGACGAAGUUCUUCACGCCGAACAUGAAGUUCCACGACGUGAAGAUCUACAGGAAGGACCUGACGACGAUGAACGCGGUGAAGGACGUGGACAUGACCGACAUGGUGAUGAAGCGCGACGACCUCACCAUGUUGGACUCCGACAUGAUGGUCCGCUGGUCCUACAGGGACGUCAUGCUUAUGAGCACAGACAGAAUGAACCGCAUGUAAAUCAUAACUUUAAAUUCAACUUCAUAUUGCACAUAAUACUAUUUAUUUCUCUGAGCCUUAAUAAACAACAGUAGAGAAUAA